CGAUUCCCGGGACUGGUGAGAAUCACAACUCCUGUGGCACAGGAAAGGCGCUAAGGUUCGUUGAGCGAGGAAGCCCAGAGAAGCCAGAAGUGCGACGCUAUUUUGAAUAACAUUUAUUAUUAUCGUUAUUAGAUUUUAUUGAUGUGCGAUCCGUUGUGCGAAAGGGGGGUUCCAUCGAUGACAAAAAGCGACGAGUUUUGAUAAGUGCAUGAUGCGAUUAUUGUGAGCCUUUUCAUCGGCAAGUGUAUUUAUUGUUCGUUGUGGAAUUUUGAGUACGGCAGUGAUUCACGAUGUCCACCGCGUUUAUGGUCGAUAGUAUUCUGCAGGAGAAGGAUGUGGACCACUGUCCCAUUAGUCAUCAUCAUCCGUUGUUGAGUGGGGUUAGUGCCGACCGGGUUUGCUCAGUAGCGUCCGCUUCCGGGUCUGACAGUGAGUUUGAGGAACAUGUGUCGGAUCUGAAGGAUUCCAACAGUUUGUGCGAUUCUCCGAAGAGUUUCAACAGUUGUCAUAAUGUGAACAAUUCGUCCUUCUCGGACGAUGAAAUGGGCCCGACGACGGUGCUUCGGUCAUACAAUCACAGUUCGAACGAUGAAAACAAUAUGCUAAUGGAUUACUGCUGUGGAAAGUGUGGCCACUAUCAGUCCGAGCCGAAUUCGACGCACAGGAACGGAUCGGGCGGGAGGAAUUGCUCCCCCGGUGUGGGUGAUUACGAGUUUCGGUGUGAAAAGUGUGGUUUCAGUGAAUUUAUCGCGUCGAAACAGACGAUACUAAAAGAGGCGGCUAAACCUGUGCUGAAGUUCAGUGUGUCGGCCAUUCUGGGCGAUAAGAAGGAAUGUGUUAAAGUGAGAAAUGAGUUCAUGCAACCUCAACAUCUUUGGCCUUAUAUUCAACAUAAUCUCAUUCAGCACAGCCACUUAGCUAAUCCAGCAUUCCUCGCGAACCAUCACCCACAGCAUCACCACAAUCCCCAACAGUCCCUGUCCCCCCAGCAUCAUCACCAUCUAGUGCAAGUGAACGGAGGAAGUCCCGUCACUGCCAACAAUAACAACAAUAACAACAGCAAUGGUAGUAAUUGCAACAGCAGUAAUAAUAAUAACAACAAUAACUGCAGCAACACACCGAGCGAAUCUGGAAGUUUGCCAAACAGUCCAGAUCUACAAGAUGAUGGCACUCGUCUUCAGCAGCAGCAUCCGGCCUCGCAGCAGCAGCAGCCUCGAGAUAAUAAAAUCAUUGCGAAACCACUCCCCAGUCGACCGAUGCCGUUUCUGCAGCACGGCCUCAACCAUCCGCAUCUCCAUUCGCUGUUGGCACACUGUCGGAAUCCUUAUUUACCGGGAGGUCCUCAAGUGUUCCCACUGCCUCCAGGACAAGGCUUUCCAUGGGCGCACUCGACGCGAGGGAAACCCCGUCGGGGGAUGAUGCGGCGGGCGGUGUUCUCAGACUCCCAGCGGAAAGGACUCGAGAAGCGGUUUCAGCUACAAAAAUACAUCAGCAAACCCGACCGAAAGAAGCUAGCCGAACGUCUUGGACUGAAGGAUUCUCAGGUUAAAAUUUGGUUUCAAAACCGCCGCAUGAAGUGGCGCAACUCGAAGGAACGCGAGCUUCUGGCGAACGGAGGUUCCCGCGAUCAGACGCUCCCCAACAAAAACAAUCCCAACCCAGACCUGUCGGAUGCCCGCGGCGAUCGAACCCAAUCUUUGUCCCCGCCAUCUUCGCCACCACCCACAAUAUCAGACCAACAACAGCAACAGCCGCAACAACAACAAUCUCACUCUCCACAGGAACAGCACUCUCCCCAGCCUCAGAAGUCCCCACUUACCCCUCUGAAAACACCAUCACUGAUCAACUUCAAACCCAAAUUUGAGCUAUCCAAAAAUCCGGGGAUUGAAUUCAAGUACGAAUUUGAUGACAUGAACACAGCUUCAGCAAAUCCUCAGCAACAAACCCAACAGAAUCAACAGCAGCAGCAGCAGCAACAAUCGAGGCCACCAUUGCUCAAUAGCUUCUACGCGGGAGCGGACCGCGACCGUGAGAUGUUUGUGGGAAGCGGCGUUGUCUUCAACAAUCGACCCAACAGUUGCUCAUCGUCGGACAACAUGUCCUCGGGGCUGUACUACGACGAUUAUGACUCCAACUCGGACGAUUCCGACGAGGAAAUCAAUGUCACGUGACCUGACAGCGGGGAGGAUUCCGGUUAAGCAAAGUUCUUUCAUGUUUCAGCGCGAUACGUGUAUAAAUUGUUAGCUCAAGAUCGUUUCUAUUUCUGAUUUUUUAACACUCGUCACUUGUUAGCUGUAAGAUUAUAAAUGGUAUAAUAUUAGAGUAAAGGUAAAAAAAAAGAACUGUAAAUUUGUACAAGCAUCUCGAACGGUUUUUAGGCAACCUUAAAUUACUUUAGCAACCUGGCUACAAUUCUCGUACUCUUGUAUAUAGUUAUUAUAAGCAUAUGUUUGUUCUAUGGAAUACGGUUCAGCAACUUCAGGGUCGGAGACGCAGUCACCGAUUCAUCAAGCGUAUAAAAAUCAUUCGUAGGCUAGCGAUAUGAACUCCACUUUCCAGAGGAUAAAAACUGGGAUGAGUAAAAUGUAAUCUACUGUAUUCCACAAAUGUAAGGGUAAAAUGUGUACCGGAAUUUGAGAAAAUAAAAAAAAACAUUAAGACGGAAAAGUGGCAACAUCAUUCAAUAAAAUAGAAACCAAACAAAAAGUCAAGU